AUACAGGAAAUAUAUUAUUUUUAAAUAAUAUAAAUGUUUUUGGUAAUUGCAUAUCAAUUUCAGACAUGGGAUUAUGUGGAGAAGUUGGUAAUAUAGAUGAAACAAAAAUUUAUGGAGUUAUGCCUUACGUGGCUCCUGAAGUAUUAAGAAGAAAGCCUUAUACCCAAGAAUCUGAUAUCUAUAGUUUUGGUAUGAUAAUGUAUUUUGUAGCAACUGGAAGGCAACCUUUUUACAAUCGUGCGCAUGAUAAGUUAUUAGCAUUAGAUAUUUGUGAAGGAGUUAGACCUGAAAUAGAUGAACUUGAAGCACCAAGUUGUUAUAUUGAUUUAAUAAAAAAGUGUUUGGACUUAAAUCCAAAUAAUAGGCCAAAUAGUUUUAAAAAAUUUACAAUUAAUUAUAAUUUUGUCCAACAACUAUAG